UUUAAUAUGCAUACUUCUACUGAUAACCUAUCGCUAGAUAUUACUGAUGAUUUGGCGGUAGUAAAAUAAGUGCAAACGUUUUAAAAUUGUUCUGCUUAGAAAUUGGUGAAAGUGAACAUAUUGUUUCAAAAAUGGCUGACGAAGAAAGUGGUAUUCCUAAUUUCGGUGUACCUGGUGGCAAGCCUUUACCUACCGCAGAAGAGCUUUUAAAAGCUCUGGAAAAUAUGCCACUUUCAGAAGAAGACAAAAAAGAAUUGCGAGAAAGCAUAGUCAGAGGGGGACUAGCUCGUGAAGCUGAAAAAUUGAUUGAUCAAGCAGCUGGAACUGCUGGCAGUAGUAAAUCAGGAGAAAUGGUGUUAUUGUUUGUUAUGAUUUCUUUUGUUUUUUUGGUAUUAGUAUUCUUUGGUUACAAAUUAUACUCAUCUCUGAUGGAGAAAGAAAGAAGGAGGGAAGAGAAGAAAAGGCAAAAGCAGCAAAAGAAGAAAAAGUAAAAUUAUGUAUUAAAGAAAUUCAAACGACUGUCACACAAUCAUUCCAUUAAGCGUAAGAUUAAAGUGUCCGUUAUACAUACCUCGUUUUACAAAAAUUGUGUUCUGACUCAUUAAAUAUAAAUGUUUAAUGUUUGUCUAUUUUGACGUUGUACUAUUGUAAUAUUUUAUUCUAUAUUGUUUAAGUAAAUAUAUUUAUGAAAAUUCGUGUUUC